ACAGCCUUUUGCAUCACAGCAAGGCCACGGGAUGGAUAAUCCGAGCAAGCUAGCAAACUGCGCCACAAAAAUGCUGCACCAUGCAGUUAAUUGACAGGCCAUCAGUGUGCAGACCGCACCUGUGGUAGGGAUGGUGUCGCAUGCAGGUCAGUGUGAUAAACAAAUGCACAAACGGAGAGCAGUGUUAGGUGUAGCUGUGCCUGGUCAGUAGCAGCCGUGCACAAGUUGCAUGACGUUAUGCCAGCUUGGCCCGGGGAGGUCUGGUGUUGUUGUCCAGCCAGCAGCUGCCAGGCUGCAGCAGGAAUUUUAUGCUACAUCGGAGCCUACGUGUUCAUCACAUAUGAUGACUAUGACCACUUCUUUGAAGACGUUUACACCUUGAUCCCUGCUGUCAUAAUAAUAGCCGUAGGGACUCUUCUCUUCAUCAUCGGCUUGAUUGGCUGCUGUGCCACCAUACGUGAAAGCUCCUGUGGUUUAGCAACUUUUGCUGCCAUUCUGCUGCUGGUUUUUGUAACAGAGUGUGUGGUGGUGGUGCUGGGCUACAUAUACAGGGCAAAGGUAGAAGACGAGGUGAAUCACUCCAUCCAGAAGGUUUACAACGAAUACAACGGCACCAACACUGAUGCUCCCAGUCGUGCUAUUGAUUAUGUGCAGAGGCAGCUUCACUGCUGUGGCAUUCACAGCUACUCUGACUGGAGGAACACUCGCUGGUUUAAAGAGUCCAAGAACAACAGCGUCCCGGUCAGCUGCUGUCAGCCCAGCAUCAGCAACUGCACUGGCACGCUCACCCGGCCAGCAGAUCUCUACCAAGAGGGCUGUGAGGCUCUGGUUGUGAAGAAGUUAAAGGAGAUCAUGAUGUAUGUCAUUUGGGCUGCAUUAACUUUUGCAUCCAUACAGAUGCUGGGCAUGCUGUGUGCCUGUGUGGUGCUCUGCAGGAGGAGUCAUGACCCAGCUUACGAGCUGCUGGUCACAACCAACAGCUAUGCAUGAAAGAUGCAGCGGGCCAACAAAGCACUCAGCCAGUCAAAGGAGCCUCACCGGACAUGUUCACAGUAGAUUUCAGCUGUAGUAAUAUAAGCUCAAGCACACCUUGCACAAUUCAUGAUAAAGUAGCCAACACUAAUGACAGGGUUUGGGUGGGUGGAGAGGGCUUCAAUGGGAAACCAAUAAGUUAUUUAUUGACAUGCUUUGUAAGUUAUUGUUAUUUUAAAUGUUUUUACAAACACUGAAAUGCUUAUAAAGGCCAAAGUUGUACAUGGCUAAUUGACAAUAUUGAUGUUAAUGCGCGAGUCUUUUUUUUAUUUUUUUUUAUUGUGGCUUCAUAAAAAUGGAAAAAACAGGCUUUUUUUCUUUGUCACUGUAAGGAUCAUAAGAAGUAAUCUUGAGCUCAUGUAUGAAAUUAUUGUUCUGCGAGUUAUAUGGAAUGUAUUCCCUCAUGUGCCAGUUUGGACUAUGGCUGGAGCUCUGGAGAUAUUUCAUAUUUCUUUAAAUGGAAAAUCUAUGCUAAAUAGAACAUACACACUAUUCAUAAGAACUCAGUUUGACUUUGAUCCUUUUGAACAUGAAACAUGACUUUUUCUCACAGAGAGAACAGAAGCAAGGCUCUAACCUCUGAUGCAGUCAAAAGACGAAACCUGGAGUUUCUCUUUUGAUAGUGAAUUAGAGAUUGACUUUAUGGACACUGUGACCGUGCCCGGGGUUAACAUUACAAUGAAGUAUUCUUAGUGGGGCGCAAAAACUCAAACAAAUAUUUCAUUAAUCCAUAAAGUCGGUCUUUAUUUUUUAUUUUUCUUUUUUUUUUUUGGUGGUGCAGUUAAAUGUUUUGUCUCUUGAAGCAAUCACUGAUAUGAUAGAAUUCUUUACGCUCACAAAUAUCCAGAUCAUGUGAAUAAACUUGUAAAUUCUGUUUUAGGAUGGAUGUUCUCUUAAUAAGGCUUCACUAGUGAGGCAUUGCCAAAUCAUACUGCAACUAAAUUGUGAACCAGUUAAGCUGUUGUUAGUCUCCAUUCCUACAUAGAAAUGCUACUAGUAGGAGUUUUAUCAGUGUUACCUAAAGCCCCCUGUGUGUAUACAGUUUGUUACAGACAUGUUUCCAGUCAAACAAUUCCUUCAACUGUACAGUGAUUCGACCACAUGAUCGUUGCAAACCUGCUGUGAAGGAGUGGACUUUGGAUUACAACUCACUCUUAUUUUGUAUCUUUUGUGGCACUGUGUACUGUUUUAAUAUUUUUGAGAUGUUUAGUUGACUCUUAGAUAUUUAGCUAUAGCUCAGCAGAGAAAAAGUAUGCGAAACAAAAUCAUGUAUAUAGAUUGGGGAACAUACAGGAGACAAAUAAACUUCUACAUUUCAACUUGA